CCAAUUACAACACACGACGAGCUCGCGAGCUAACGCCAAUACCCCUGGAAGAUAUCUUGAAGCACACGACUGACCCAUAGCCUUUAAGGUUACAUACCACCCGCCUCUGCUCCUCCCACGGGCCAAAGCCUAGGAGAAAUUGCGCAGCUCAGCGCUCAUCUCGCAUCGAUCGGCGAUGCAUACAAGACGAUAAAGGGCAGCUGCAGCAACUCACUCACCUGCCCAAACCUGCCGAUCAUUCAUCACUUACAAGGAACAGACCCCGGCCCAUAUUGAAGCUCAAACGGAAUAGCAAAGCCCAUGGACCCUUCAGCUGCCACGAUGGCUUCGCGGCCGGCCCCGCCGGCAAAGCGCAAUGCCAGCUCUGGUAACAACAAGAGAAUGAGCGGAUCACCUGUGCCGGCUAGCCCGCAGCCUGAGAGGUCGCCUUCUCUCUCUACAUCUGCAUCGUCGAGAUCGAUUCAGGAGACGGGGGAUACUCUCGUUGGGCCUACCUCGUCUGCUACUUUGAGCGGCCCAGGCCUCGGCUUCGAUGUAGGCGAAGGCGCAGGCGCGGACGGGGAAGCAGAUGAUAGCAUGACAGCGGCAGAGAUGGAGCGAGCCAUGGCUGGCUUGACGCGCAAUGACCUGUUCACGGCGCUGAAGAGAGCAAAGGAGGAGAUGGAUAGGCUCGAUGCUGUGGUCUCAUCCCAAUCCCUGGAGAUCGAGACCCUUCAAUCCUCGCACACGGACCUCACCACCCGCCUCAACUCGCAAGAAAAUGAGCACUCCCGUCUCAACCUGGCCGUCGCUCAGCGCGAAGCCCGGCUGGACGAGAUGCGCCUCGAGCAAGAACGGCUAGAGGCGGAUCUCUUCUCGCGAGUCGCCAGUCAAGACCGGCUCAAAGCCCGAGCAGAGGAGGCAGAGCGACAGUGUCGUUUAGCGGAGGAGCGAUUGAUCGGGUUGGGUCAGGCGAGCGAUAGGGAGAGGGAGUACGCGAGUGAUCAGGAGGAGCUACUGCGCGGCCAGGUCGAGAGGCUGGGAAGGGAAAAUGCAGGCUUGAAGGGUGAGGUGGAAAGGUUGAGGGAGGAGUUGGAGGCGAGGCCGGACGAGCAUGAGCAGGCGGCAUUAGACAGGGAGCAGACGGGCGAUGGCAAGCUGGCUGGCGAGGAAGCAGAUGCCAAAGAUACGUCCGCGGUACCUACCACGCCCAGCUCUACCCUUUCAACACCACAGCGUCCCCGCGGUCAAGCAUCCCGCGGGCACCUCUCGCCUUCCCCUCGUGGACCACGCUCCCGCUCCUUUGCCGCUGAGCAAGACGCCGCCGAAUCCGAGGCGCUCGUCUCCUCCCUUUCAGAGGAGGUGGCCCAGCUUAAGAAGACGCUGGCGAGCCAGGACGCCGCCUUGAACGAGGUGCGCUCCACCCUCCUUAAGGAACGCUCUCGCGCUCAAGACCUAGAAGCGGAAAAGGCUGAGCUGGAGAGUCUGGCGUACGGGAACACGCUGCAGCACUUGAUGAGGAGGCGCGACGCUAAAGAUCGACUAGACGAAGAGGAGGAGGGGGAGGAGAGCGAGCUAGACAGCAGUGCGGCAGCUAGUACUAGCGGGCAAUCAUCUGGCACAGAAGAAGAGGAGAGCAGCGCCAGUAGCGCUGCUGAGCAACAGGAGGAAGAGGACGACGUACCUGACACGCCCGUCACUCCAAAGGCCAGCAACAUCAGCGCGACGAAGGCUUCACGCCGCAAGUCGACCGGGCUUCGCUCCGCCUCCGGACGACUGCGUCGACGUACGAGCCUGACGGAGAUUCCCGAAUCCCUCAGUCAGGAGCUCCUCCAGCCGCAGCCUACGCACACGGACACAUCUUCCUCCCUCUCCUCCUCGCCCUCCCAACAAGGCGAUGUCGCAACAAUGCGCACCGAGUUGGCCAAACUUCGCCUAGAGAACAAGGGCUUGAGCGUCUACAUUUCCAAGAUCCUCAACCGUAUCCUCUCGAUGGAAGGGUUCGAGAAGGUCCUCGCUGCCGACUAUACUGGCUCCGGUGUGGGAGGAGCUGCGGGGGGAUGGCAAGGCAGCGUCAGAGCGCAGAGGACUGCGGUGGCUCAGAGGGAGUGGCAGGAGAGGAACAGUCCUCAGAAGAAGAAGAGGACGAGCAUUUUGCCUGCAAUUUUGACGUCGGGAGUAGGAGGAGGAGGAGGAGGGGGAGGGGGAGAGAGAUCCUCUUCGCCUGCGACUGGUGGGGACGAUGUGGAAAGCGAUUCUGCCUCGACGACGAGUGCCGCCGAUAGCGCGGCGGCAAAGAAGGAUCGACGUCGUCAAAGCACCGGCAUCUUAGGCUUCGGCGGCUCGUCUUCCUCUUCCGGUGGUGGCCCUUCCUCUUCGUCCUCCUCCAUUGGCGGCGCAGGCGACCAGGCAGCAGUAAAGAAGAAAGCAGGUCGAGCCUCGGUCGAUUGGAAGUCUUUGCGGAUGCCCUGGUCGUCUAGCAGCCCAACGGCUACUGAGCAGCCGAGCAAUCUACGACCCUUUGCCCUCAAGACGACGAGCACGGGGCAGCCAAGCGAGUCCACCCCGCAUUCAAAGCGGAACACCGUCACGCUCACCUCUUCCCAGGGAGCGGGAGCGGUUGGAGAUACAUCCCUUUCCUCGCUUGGUUCGCCCAUUCUCUCACAGGGGGACACAUCGACCCUCUCAACCCUCUCGGCUCACUCGCAAUCGGCGCCCUCAGACGAAGAUGAAGUAGAGAGGCAACGUGCUCGCACCUUACUUGAGAUGCAGGGCCUGAAGGUCCCCGAGCAUCAGUUGACGCCUGUUUCCCCCGCUACGAAGGAGGGGCAAUCGAUGACAGGCGCGAGCGGUGGAGCAACAGGAGCAGGAGCAGGUGGAGGAUUUGGAGCUUUCUUCGCUCGCGUGCUGAGCGGGACAGGGGCUGCGCCUGCAAGCACGUCGCCGCAACCAGGCGUCGCUACCUCCUCCUCCUCGUCCUCUGGCGGAACUGCGCAUCAUGCAGGGGACGAGGAGGCCGAUUCAAGCCUGACAAGGCCGGAGGACCUGAUGGGCAGCAGCAGCGGUAGUGGGCGUAGGCGUGUGCGUCCCUCGAGAAGAAGCAUGACGACCGAUGGACUCUUUAAGGGAGCGGUUGCUGAUAGUAGUGUGGCGGGGGAUGAGAGUUAUGCGUUUAGGUCGGAGAGGUGAGGCGUGGAGGGACAGACAGGGAGGGGAGGGGAGGGCACGCGAGCCAGCAGAAG